UUUCUUUGUCUGUUCUCCGCUGAGUGACCACUCCUCGCGAACACAUACGAUCUUCGGUUCUACGUGACGCCAACGCGAGGGGCAGGAAUCCCACAAUAGCGGCAGGCGAAGGGAUCUUUUUCUUUUUUUUUUCUUUCCCUUUUUUUUUUGUGUUGUCUGAAGGCAGAACCUUUUCUGGGGCUGGUGGCGGCGGCAGCGUCGAUCAGAAGGCAACACGGCCGAGAGGGACGCGAAGCUCCGCGGGGCGAUGUGAGAAGAUGGCAGAGCUACAAAUGCUGUUAGAGGAAGAGAUCCCGGCCGGCAAACGAGCGCUCGUGGAGAGUUACCAGAACCUCACCCGGGUCGCGGACUACUGCGAGAACAACUAUGUCCAGGCCCAGGACAAGAGGAAAGCUCUGGAGGAGACCAAAGCCUACACCACCCAGUCCCUGGCCAGCGUAGCCUACCAGAUCAAUGCCUUAGCCAACAAUGUGCUGCAGCUGCUGGACAUCCAGGCUUCGCAGCUGCGGCGCAUGGAAUCCUCCAUCAACCACAUUUCCCAGACCGUGGACAUCCAUAAAGAGAAGGUCGCCAGGCGGGAGAUCGGGAUCCUGACCACCAACAAGAACACGGCGAGGACUCAUAAGAUCAUAGCGCCGGGUAACAUGGAGCGGCCAGUCAGGUACAUCAGGAAGCCCAUUGACUACAAUGUGCUGGACGAUGUCGGCCACGGCGUUAAGUGGUUAAAAGCCAAGCAACAUGGAAACAAUCAGGCGAUCAGAGGAGGAACACUGUCGAGGACCAAUCCGCCGACGCAGAAGCCGCCGAGCCCUCCGAUGUCAGGGCGUGGCACGCUCGGACGCAACACGUCCUACAAGACCCUGGAGCCGGUGAAGCCGCCCACGGUGCCCAACGACUACAUGACCAGCCCCGCCCGCCUCGGCCAGCAGCACAGCCCCGGACGCACGGCGUCGCUCAACCAGAGGCAACGCACACACAGUGGCAGCAGCGGGGGCAGCAGCAGCAGGGAGAACAGCGGCAGCAGCGGAAUUGGCAUUCCCAUCGCCGUGCCUACGCCCUCCAUUCCCAGUUCUGGACCAGUCCCGCCCAUGUGUGCUCCCCCGGGAGCCCCUCCCCCACCCCCACCUCCUCCUCCUGUACCUCCACCUGCUCCUCCCAUGGCCGGGCUCGCCCCCCCAGCACCACCACCACCACCACCACCACCACCUCCACCACCCAUAGCUGUGGCCCCUGGCCCCGGUCUGGGUCCCGCUCCAAUGUCCCAGUUUGGAACCAUCUCGCGGCAGAUCUCGCGGCACAACCCCUCCAACUCCUCCGUCUCGAUGGUUUCGGCCACGGGCACCUACCGCCGGGCGCCGUCGGUCACUUCCCAGUUCUCCUUGCAGCAGCAGCAGCAGCAGCUUCAGCAGCAGCAACUUCAGCAACAGCAGCAACUACAGCAGCAGCAGCAGCAGCAGCAGCAGCAGCAGCCUCAUAUUAACGGAGGCACUCCUGGCUACGGCCAGAACUCAAUGUCUAUCGCUCCGCCUCCUCCCCCCAUGCCCCAGCUGACUCCACAGAUACCUCUGACUGGCUUUGUGGCCAGGAUGCAGGAGAGCAUUGCAGAUACUCCCACUCCGCCGCCGCCGCCUCCUCCGGACGACUUGCCCCUGUUCGACGACUCCCCUCCCCCUCCGCCGCCGCCCCCGGUGGACUACGAGGAGGAGGACGCCGCCGUCGUGCACUACAACGACCCCUACGCCGACGGGGACCCGCAGUGGGCCCCCACCAACUAUGUGGAGAAAGUGGUGGCCAUCUACGACUACUCCCGGGACAAGGACGACGAGCUGAGCUUCAUGGAGGGGGCGAUCAUCUACGUCAUCAAGAAGAACGACGACGGCUGGUAUGAGGGCCUCAGCAACGGCGUCACCGGCCUGUUCCCCGGCAACUACGUGGAGUCCAUCAUGCACUACGCCGACUGAACGGCCGCCGCAUAUUCAUUCAGUCGCAUCAUAAUCCGCCGAGAGAUCGAACGACCGCAGCAACCCCCCCCUCCCCGACUCCUCUGAGACGCAUAGACAUAACUGUAUGAUCCCCCCCUUUUUUUGAUAUGACAGAAUGUUCUUCUUUCCCUAAAUGAUUGCAAAUAAAAUUAAAUAAAAAGUUAAUAUCUAUUUAGUUUAUUUUGGUGUUGUAUGGGGCGGGGAUAUGUAACGACUGGACUGCGCGCGCUCGCUCGCCCGCCCUCGCGGGCCGAAGGAUCUAUUCAUCCUGCCCUGGACAGAGAUUCUGCACGUUGGGUUUUAAUGGAGCAGACAGAUUGAAUACGAACACCAUCAGUUGAAGUGUUCGUACAGUUGGGUUGUAUAUAAUGUGAGCUGCAGCCACUUCCUGUAAUGUAAAUUCAGUGAAUGUUGAUUAUACGCUAAGUUUCUCCUCGACGCCACGAGGCCCGUUCGUACGGAAGAAAAAGAAAAACGUACUGUCGAUAAGUCCCAACAUUUUAAAUACUGUAAAUGGUAUUUAGAGGAAUCAGUCGUUGGCGCUAAAGCAUGCAAACAUUUUGAAGAGAUAAAAAAAAUGUAAUCUUAAGUUUAUUGGCAUUAUGCUUCCGUUAUGUUGUAAGUGUGUAUUCUCACCUUUUCUUUUUUUAUUUUCACUGUUGUAGUCACUGAAACUUUCUUGGGGAAGUGAAUUUCAGACUUUCCCGUGGUCUCACCUUUAAAAAAAAAAAAAAAAUCCUACAAGUGAAACUUUAUCCCGGCAAUUUAUUAUCACUGUCGUGUAAUUUUUUUUUACUAGUCACACAAGUCUGUAGGAUCCAUUGGUGAACUGGCAAUAAUGUACGUAGAUUGAGCCGGCGUGGUGUGACGCUGAGCGUGGACUUUGUGGUGCCUAACACUGCCAUGUUGACAUUUCAGACGCAACGCAGGCGACCAAUCAACAACUAAUACCUCGGCACGUCAAACACCCUGAACGUGAAAUUCCUCUCGAUAUCUAACCCGAGUCAAAUCCGCCAAUCACAACAUUAGCUUUCACUCAGGUCUCAGAAUCAUCUUGAUAGCAUUGUGUUUCUUAAAUUUUUAUUUGUUAGCCCUCCAACAAUCAUCUAACAUCUUGUCUGUCAGGACACUGCAGCUGACGCUUUGAUAUUUUAGCCCAUUUGCUUUAGUAUUUUCAAUUUUUUUUUUUUUUUUUUUUUAAGAGUUCCGGCUCAAUUUCAUGGGGUAGAAAUAUUGAAAUCAAAUCUCUCCCUGCCCUCCCAUUUGUACAUAAAAAAGAAAUGUUGAUUGAAAGAAAAAAAAAAAUCUAAUGUACAGUCUUUUUAUAAUAAACAAUUCUAUGUA